UUUAUACCAAACUCAAAAACACCAAAAGUACAUUGACUCAAAAUGUCGAUUCCUUCGAUUUUGUUAAACUUCGUGUUUCGACCACCAUCAUCAUUGUUUGUCACCAUGAUGUCGGUUGUUGGUCUUGCAUCAUUAAUGAACGCGGGGUACAUGGAGAUCAAAGGCAAACAUAUGCAGUAUUCCAAGUUCUUGAACGUAGGUCUUGCAAAGAAAAAAGAUGAUAUGAAGUUGUCAAGUAGAAACGGGAUGCUUCUAGUGUACACACCGGCAUUUCUCGUGGCAUUGGGUUCUUUACUCGUGUUUCCCGAUCAAUAUCUUAGAUUUGUGUUGGUUGCUUCGGCUCUCACUACACAUUUCUUCAAAAGAGUGCUUGAGGUACUCUUUCUUCACAAGUAUAGUGGUUACAUGCCGCUAGAAUCGGCAAUACUCAUCCCAAUGAGCUAUACCUUCUCCACCACGACAAUGAUUUAUGCUCAAUAUCUAUCUAGAGACAUUCCCGAGCCUUCAGUGGAUCUAAAAUACGUUGGAAUUGGGUUGUUCGUAGUAGGAAUAAUUGGGAACUUUUACCACCAUUAUAUUCUUGCUAAUCUAAGGAAGGAGGGGGACAAAGAGUACAAAAUCCCUCGAGGCGGGUUGUUUGAUUUGGUUAUAUGUCCACACUAUAUGUUAGAGAUUAUUGAAUAUAUAGGGAUCUCGUGCAUUUCACAAACGUUGUAUGCUUUCGUUUUCACUUUGGGCACAGCUCUAUACUUGACGGGGAGGAGUUAUGCCACACGGAAAUGGUACAUAUCAAAGUUUGGGCACAUGUUCCCUAAGGACGUUAAAGCCAUUAUUCCCUACGUCUUUUAGAUGAUUGUGAGAAUUAUAAGAUUCUGGCCAAAGGUAUAUUUUCAUGACUCAUAUGCAUUUACUUCUAUUGUAAUAAAGAAAAAAAGAUUUUCGUUUAAUGAUGACGA